GUUAGAAGAUAUGACAUUGUAACUGGAGACCAAAAUGCUUAUAGUAGGUCAUCUGAAAGGACACUAGAAGUGUGGGUUAGGCAGCUGAAGCCUUCUUGUUUUUUAACUUCUUUUUCUUCAUUUUCAUUGUAUUGCUUUGGGUCUUACAUAUGUUAAGAAAAGUAAAAAAUAAAUGAAUGUAUGUGCUGCUGACAUUAUUGGGCUUUCUGAUUGCAGAGAUCUUUUGCUGUAUGGGCUUGUUAGUGACAAUUUGCAACUCCAUGUGUCAGUAAUAGCUCCAAACUAAGGGUAAAUCCCAGGAUAUGCUGGAAUAGGGAGCAUAUGAAAUCAAUAUAUUGUGGAAAGGGCAUUGUCUGUGGCUCUCCUAUGUACCUAUUUUUCAUAAUGCAUGCUGGUAAAUUCUAGGCAAGUCAAUUAUUGUAAAAUUGUGGCCCAACUCUUGCACACAAUGAUGUCACCCCACCUGCCAUGCUGAGCUGCUUAUACACUUGGGAUUCAUUGUGUUCUAGUCCUAUGCUUUGCUAUCUGCAGUACAGAUCACAUCUGCUUAUCAGUAUUUCUCAGCUACUAUUAGCAAAGAUUCCUUCCUGCCUCUUUACAAGUGACACCGUUUUCUAUUUGUCUCAGUGAAAUCCAGCUAUAUGCUAAACAUGCUUUGUGGAUAUAUUUUUUAAUGGAAAGAUACUAAUCUUUUGGCUUUAAGAUUUUGAAAAACUGCAUGAAAGCUAGAAAUAUCAGCUAUUAAACAUCCUUUUGUUGACACUAUGCCUAUGAGGGAAAUUGUGAAAUGAAUUUUUUUUUGAACAGAAAAGUGUUGAGGAGGUGGGUAUUUUUUGUGUUCUUGUUGUUAUGUUUUUAGUAUUAAAGAUUUGCAGACUCAAGGAGCUGCACAAGCAAAGCGUUAGGUCUCCAAAGGCAUGGUGCAUUGGAUGGCUGUAGACACAUUAAUAUAUGUUGUGCAGAAACACCCCAACUGGAAAUGGCUGUUAGAAACUUUUUUCUUGUUUUUGUGGUAGAGAAUUAUUUCUGUAAAUAUCUAUCUUCAUUCACUCCCAAGCUAUGGCUGGAGAAUCUUAAGCACCUAACAUAUAGGUACUAAAUUCUGAUUUGGAGUCUGUUGCUCUAAAAUGUAGAUAUUGCAUAGCCAAAGUCCAGUAUUACGUCUGCUUAUUUCUCGUCUUUUAAUCCUGCAUGUGGUAUGUGCAACGCAUGAGGAAUACCACAGUAGUGCUGCAGUUGGCAGAAUUCAAUAGGGCUUUUGCCUGCACUACCUUAUGACUUCAGUUUUUCAUUGUUCAUAAUUCUCAUGACAUACUUGAGGGGCUAAAACAAUCAGCACAUAGCUCUGCUGAGAAUAAUUUCCUUCUAAUGGGAAAAAAGGUGGGGAACUGACUACUUUGUCUUACAAUACUAAACUGUUUCUAAAUGAGAGACGCUUUUGCCGUAUAAUAUAAGAAAGUGAUAUGUACAUUUGAAAAAGUAAUGUACAUAAAUUCUCAGUUUAAAAAAAAAAAGCUAGCUGUAAUAAAGCAUUUUAAGAUUAAUGACCUAGUUUACUAAAUGUGAAUCCGGAGUAAAUAGAUAAGACACUAGAAUACCAGAUCAGGAUUUGGAGUAUCUUUCUCUAUGAACUUAGCACAUAUGGUAUAUCAUAUAGGGUGUGAUCAACUCAUGUCAACUGCAGCAGUCAGGCUAUUGAGUUGGAGUGGCAUAUAGAUAAUCAGUAGGAAAUUUUGAAGUUUAUGCAGUAGUAAUCCUGACUGUUGAAACCUGGUUAUAGGAAGACAGUAGCUAUAACGCCCAUCAGUGAUAUACUAAAUGAGAAGCACAGGUUUUAGCUUUAGGCGUUCCUACCUAAUCUAAAGUUCAGAGCAUUAAAAAGAGGCCUCCGAGUUAUAGUUCAAACCCAGGAAUCCCCUCCAAUAGAUAGCUUAUCGCUUAGGUUGCAAAGUUAGAGUUAGAGGGGAUCUUAUUCUUUUCAAAUUAUUGCUCAUCAGAGAAGAGUUAUUGUGCAGAGUGCAAGUAGAAAGUCUGGUGAGCCAGCACCUUAAAAUGCAUUACUUGCUGUGAAAGUGCAUAGCUUACGCUGACUCCUCCCUAUCUACUUGAUUUGAUGCUCAGUCUGAAAAUAACUUCUGUGGGACAUAGAGCAAGUUUAGUUGACUUGAGUCAGAGUCAUAUGACCUAGGUGAGGAGCAUGUAGUAUUUCAUUAAUUUUUCACAGUAUAUAAAACUUCAUUUUUCAGAUAUUAAUGCAGCAGCAUGGCUUGCCAUGACAAACAGCCAGAUGACCUUGUCUUUUUUGUGAAUGGCAAGAAGAUAAUUGAGAGGCAGGCAGAUCCUGAAGAAUUACUUCUGUACUAUCUAAGAAAGGAACUCCGUCUCUCAGGAACAAAGUAUGGCUGUGGAGUAGGAGGCUGUGGUGCAUGCACUGUGAUGUUAUCUACGUAUGACCCAGUUGCCAAGAAGAUUCGGCACCAUCCUGCCAAUUCCUGCCUGCUCCCCAUAUGCUCACUGCAUGGUGCUGCUGUUACUACUGUGGAAGGGGUUGGAAGCAUAAAAGACAGGAUUAAUCCAAUUCAGGAAAGACUUGCCAAAUGCCACGGCUCCCAGUGUGGCUUCUGCACCCCUGGAAUGGUGAUGUCCAUGUAUGCUUUACUGAGAAGCCAUGUGAAACCUUCCAUGGAACAGAUAAUUUCUGCUCUGGAUGGUAAUUUAUGCCGUUGCACAGGAUACAGGCCAAUUAUAGACAGCUAUGCAUCUUUUGCUAAGGAGCAAACAUGCUGCCAGCUGAGAGGAACUGGAAAAUGUUGCUUGGAUCAGGAAGAACUUGGGUGCUCAUCUUCUGCAGGAGUUCGGAUUCGCUCAGGUCUUUGCAACCCAGCAGAAUUCCUACCUGUAGAUCCAACACAAGAAUUCAUAUUUCCUCCUGAACUAAUGAGAAUGGCUCAAGAACAGCAAAGAAAGACCCUUAUUUUCUGCAGUAAGAGAACAACAUGGAUUUCUCCCUGCAGCCUGAAGGAGCUUCUGGAGCUGAAAGCCAAGUAUCCAAAGGCACCUCUGGUUGUGGGUAACACCAGCUUAGGCCUCAACAAAAAUGACUGUGAUGCCUAUCAUCCAAUCAUUCUCCAUCCUUUGAGGAUUCCAGAAAUGCAAGUUGUGAGUAUCACAGAUGAUGGGAUAGUAAUAGGAGCUGCCUGUUGCCUUGCCCAGCUCAGAGAGAUUCUCCUGGAGACUAUCCCAAAACUCCCAGAGGAGAAAACAAAAAUCUACCAAGCUCUCUUGCAACAGCUGAGAACUCUAGCUGGAGAACAGAUCAGGAGCAUGGCGUCUUUAGGAGGACACAUUGUAAGCAGGGGAUCAGCCUGGGACUUGAACCCAAUCUUAUCUGCUGGCAAAUCUGUUCUCAACUUGGCAUCAGAUGGUGGCAAGCGACAGAUUUUUUUAAAUGACCAGUUUCUUGCCGGCCAUAAACAUGCAGACAUAGAGCCCAAGGAGGUUGUUGUUUCUGUUCUUAUCCCAUAUUCUACAAAGGAUGAGUUUAUUUCAGCCUUCAGACAAGCUGACCGUCAGAAAAAUGCUUUUUCCGUAGUGAAUGCUGGAUUGCGAGUCCUCUUCAGACCAGGCACAGACACAAUUGUAGAUAUGAGUAUUUUAUAUGGAGGCAUUGGCUCAACCACACUCAGUGCAAGAAAAUCUUGUGAGAAGCUCAUUGGAAGACAGUGGAAUGAUCAGAUGCUGAGUGAAGCUUGCAAACUGGUGCUGGAGGAAAUUUCUCUUCCUCCAUCAGCUUCAGGUGGAAAAGUAGAGUAUAGAAGAACUCUGCUUGUCAGCUUCUUAUUCAGAUUUUACCUGGAAGUGUUACAUGGCUUACAUCAGAUGUAUCCCUUCAGGUAUGCUGAACUCUCACAGGAUAAGAUGAGUGCUUUGGGAAUGCUGCGAAGUGGUGUUCCCCAGGGUGUCCAAGUCUAUCAGGAUGUUGACCCAGGACAGUCUCCACAAGACCCCGUGGGACGUCCCAUCAUGCACCAGUCUGGAAUUAAGCACACCACUGGUGAAGCAAUUUACAUUGAUGACAUUCGUCCAGUGGAUGGAGAACUUUCAUUGGCUGUGGUCACUAGCAUUAAAGCCCAUGCAAAGAUUAAAUCAAUUGACAUUUCAGAAGCCCUUCAGGUGCCAGGAGUGAUUAAUGUGGUUACAGCAAAAGAUGUUCCAGGGAAAAAUGGCAAUGAUGAAGAGGAAGCAUUUGCAAAAGACAAGGUCAUUUGUGUUGGACAGAUAAUCUGUGCCGUGGUUGCAGAGACAUUGACCCAGGCGAAGUGUGGAGCUAAAAAGGUGAAGAUAGUGUAUGAAGAUCUGCAGCCGGUCCUCACCAUUAAGGAUGCAAUAAAGCAUAAUUCGUACAUUACUGAAGAAAGGAAACUAGAAAAAGGAGACAUUGAGAAAGGAUUUAAGUCUGCUGAUAAAAUCAUAGAAGGUGAAUUGCAUAUGGGAGGACAGGAACAUUUCUACCUGGAAACAAAUAGUGUACUUGUUAUUCCAAGAAUGGAAGAUAAAGAAAUGGAUGUGUAUGUAUCAACUCAGCAUGCAACAGAUGUACAGAAAUUAGUAGCUUCAGCUUUAAACCUUCAGUCCAACAAGAUUAUGUGUCACACAAAACGUGUUGGUGGAGCUUUUGGUGGGAAGAUAACUAAGCCUUCGUUCUUUGCUGUAAUUGCAGCAGUGGCAGCCAACAAGUCCGGGCGCCCAGUCCGCUUUGCCCUUGAAAGAGACAUGGACAUGUUAAUCACUGGUGGACGUCACCCUUUCUUUGGAAAAUAUAAAGUUGGAUUCAUGAAGGAUGGUAGAAUAAUGGCUGCAGAUUUUCAAUGCUAUAUAAAUGGUGGCUGUACAAAAGAUGAAUCUGAGUUGGUGAUUGAAUACAUUGUGCUGAAAGUGGACAAUGCAUAUAAUAUCCCUAAUCUCCGAGUCAGGGGCCAUGCCUGCAAGACUAAUUUGCCUUCUAAUACUGCCUUUCGAGGAUUUGGGUUUCCUCAGGCAGGUCUGUUUGUGGAGACCUGUAUUGUGGCUGUGGCAACCAAGACUGGACUACCACAUGAGAAGGUUAGGGAAAUAAACAUGUACAAAGGAGUAAACCGAACAGCCUUCAAAGAAGAAUUUGAUGCAGAGAAUCUGUGGAAAUGUUGGAAAGAAUGUUUGGUUAAGUCUGACUACCACAGCCGGAACGCAAAGGUGGAAGAGUUUAACAGGAAGAAUUACUGGAAAAAGAAAGGCAUUGCCAUCAUUCCCAUGAAAUUUUCUGUUGGAUUUAAUGCAACCUAUUUCCAUCAGGCUGGAGCUCUUGUCCAUAUCUACUUAGAUGGGUCUGUACUAGUCGCUCAUGGUGGCAUUGAACUUGGACAAGGAAUUCACACUAAGAUGUUACAGAUUGCCAGCCGUGAACUGAGGAUACCACUGUCAUAUAUACACUUCUGUGAAACAAGCUCAACAACCAUACCUAAUGGCAAAUACACAGCGGGAUCAGUUGGGACAGAAAUCAAUGCAAGAGCAGUACAGGAUGCUUGUCAAAUCCUUUGGAAGCGUCUGGACCCUAUCCGAAGGAAGAAUCCUAAAGGCAAAUGGGAAGACUGGAUCAGUGAAGCUCACAAGAAUAGCAUCAGCCUUUCAGCUACUGGCUAUUUCAAAGGUUAUGUGACAAACAUGAACUGGGAAACAAAGAAAGGCCAUGCAUUCCCGUAUUUUCUCUAUGGAGCUGCCUGUUCUGAAGUAGAAAUUGACUGCCUUACAGGAGCAUACAAGAACAUUAGGACAGACAUUGUGAUGGAUGCCUCUUUUAGCAUAAAUCCAGCUAUAGAUAUAGGACAGAUUGAAGGGGCCUUCAUUCAGGGGGUUGGCCUUUACACAUUAGAAGAAAUCUACUUUUCCCCAGAAGGAGAGCAGCUCACUCUUAGCCCGGAUACAUACAAGAUCCCUGCGGUUUGUGACAUUCCUGAGCAAUUCCAUGUCUACUUACUGCCAAAUUCAUGCAACUCAAUUGCUAUCUAUUCUUCCAAGGGUGUGGGUGAGGCUGGAUUCUUCCUGGGCAGUUCAGUGUUUUUUGCAAUACGUGAUGCAGUGGCUGCUGCACGGAAAGAAAGAGGACUACCCCUGGACUUCACUCUGAACAGCCCCUUGACCGUUGAGCGGAUUCGUAUGGCCUGUGAUGAUAUCUUUACUAAGAUGAUUCCGAAGGAUAAACCUGGAACCUAUAAACCGUGGGCCAUUGAUAUAUCUUAAGUGUGGAAUAACCAGAUGGUACUUUCAGGAACUUACUGACUGAAAGAAAGCAUUCCUGCAAGAAAGAAGUAUAACUGUAAUACAUACACACACAUGUAGUUGUACAACAAGGUAUAAGUAUCAGCCCUAAUGUGCUGCCAACUAAGACACCUCUCAUUUGGAAAAAUGUAUUUCUUUAUGAAGUGAGUUGUUCUCCAUGCUAUAGUGGGAUAAUUCUGGAGUUACUCCGUAAACUUUGAAGAAUUUGCAUGCAAUUUUGAAAGUAUCUGCAAUAAAUCAGAGUUAGAUACUGUACAAGAUAGUGACAGACGUGCACCAGUAUUGUAGCAGAACCAAGAUUCUAAGAGUACAUACUACCAAAUAUUUUCCAGACAAUGAUAUUUACCAUGGUAAAUAAGUAAUAGUCCAGUGUAAUUUUCUACUUCCUGACAACCCAUCUCACAUCUACUCCAUACCCAUUAGACCUCUCUAAACCACUGUUGACUUUGACCUCUCAGAGCUGAAAUAAAACCACUGCUAUUUGCCACGCUGUCAGCGUUCACUCCACCUCUCCUUUGCCUUAUCCAGUUUUGCUCCCUCAUUCCAGUGAAAAGGUGAAGUAGGUCCCAGCUGAUGCAUUUGUCUGUAGGUGAACUGAGAGCGUGAGGUACAGGAGUUGUUCUAUUUCAGAUAAAAGGACUGAACUCUUACUGAUUCUGAAAUAUUUGGUUUUGAAAUGGGGUCACUCCUUGCAAUGAUAAGUAGAUACUGAGUAGCAGACGUGCAGCAGGUGACUGAGCUGAAAAAUAAGGAGGAGCAGGGCUAACAAUGGCAAUAGAGCAGUUUGUCAUCAAAACCAGAUGUGUCAGCUCCCUGUUUGACUCAGCUGUGCCAAACAUACUAGAAAGGAGGUUUUAAAGUGAUGUCGUGACAGCUAUAUGAAUCUUGAUGGAGUACAUCCUCAGGAGGAUAGGAGACUGAAAAGCAAGUUUAAAGGUGCCUCAGAGAAAACAAAGAAAAUGGCUGGGCUAAAUUGAGUCAGUACAGAUAUCCAUACAAAUGAAUAUUCAGCUUUCACCUUUCAUAGUUCAGAUAAUGAAAGUAGUAGUAGGAACACAUUUAACAUUGUCAUUGUUUACUAAAACACUUGCAGAAACUCAACAAGUUUUAUUUCAUAUCUUGCUGUCAGUUACAUAAACACGUCUAAGCUUAUUUCAUUUAUUUUAAUGGUGAGUCUGUGGGUUUAAAUUAGUUAAUAUAGAAGAGAGAGUGAUCUGCACAGAGCAUCAAAUAAAUCAUUUUAUCUACGUCUGUAGCAGCACAAGAAGAUUAUAUGCCUUUACAAAUAAAUUAAUAUUCCAGGUAAUUAGAAACUUGAUAGCUUAUUUUGGUAAAUUUUUCAUUUUAAUUUUUUUUUCCUUUUAUCUUCCCCUGGAUAAAUUGUCAGGCACUACAGCUCAGCUGGCAAUAUACUUUGCAGUCUGAGACUUUUAUUAAUUCCUGCAGUCAGUUCCUUAAUAUGUCUGUGUUCUUUUCCUUAAAAUGAGAUUUCCACAGUUGCGAUUUAUCUUUUUGGCUUUUAGUUGUGAUUUAGACAAAUGUUAUCAUUUUAGAAUGAGUAUCAAAGCAACCCCUGCCUUGGGUUUAAUAUGAAUGAAAAGUACUUGCAGAACUCUGUGUCUGAAUGUGAUCUUGCUUGGGGUAUUUUGGAUGAUGUAUUUUCUAGAUUGCAUUGGGCUGUUAACUGGAGUUUUCUUAUAUAAGUCUUCAAUAAAAGCAUACUUGUAGGGCACUGUCCUGCUAUUUGUGAUGCUGAUCUACAACCGAUACUGUUUUGAGGAAAAAAAAAAACAACAAACAACAACAAUGAAUACAAUGUGAGAAAUGAAAUCUGGCUCUUACAGACAGUAAGAAUGGCCAGUGUUUGGUCGUACAAUUCAAAGUAAGUGAUUUGGCAAGCCUCGUGUUUUCCCAUCAUUGUAGUUUAACCCAGCAGCAGCUCAGCACCACAUGGUCACUCAUUCCACACUCCCAGUGGAGUGGGGAAGAGAAAUGGGAAAAAAAAAUGACAAAGUAGAACAUGUGGAUUGAGAACUGUUUUCUAAGGUAGAAAAGGAAAAAAAAGGAAAAUAAAGUAAUGAUAUAUAUUUAUGCACAAUGCAGUUGCACACCACUCACCAACAGAUGCCCAGCCAGUCCCCGAGCAGCGACUGCUCCCCUCGUCAAUAUAAAGCUUUUUUCCAUGAUGUCAUAUGGUAUGGAAUAUCCCUUUGUCCAGCUUAGGUCAACUGUCCCCUCCCAGCUCCUUUUCCCCUUCAGCCCCCUCACUGGCGAGACAAUAUGGAAAGUUGAAACAUCCUUGGCUCUGUGCAGCCACUGCUCAGCUACAACUAAAACCUUCGUGUGUUAUCAGAUUUGUUUUUCUCCCAGAGCAGAAACAAAGCACAACACCAGACACUAUGAAGUGAAACAAUAACUCUGUCCCAGCUGAAACCAGGACACCCAUUAAUCUGCUGUGGUAAUGAAUUUUGUAGUAACAAAUGAACUCGGGGGAUUUGGUAGUCCUCUUAUCCUAAAUCUGUAAAGUAGAGUUGUCUCAAUUCCAAAGUACAAGACAUACUUGAAAGAUACUGUUUGCAGAGUAUUUGCUCAGGGUGUGUGACAGAAGUCUUGUCUCCAUGAGCACCAAGGAGCCCUGGGGCACAAGGGAAGGCAGGGGAACCCCAAUAACCCAGCUAGAGAAAGCAGCCCCUCAGCUUUUACCCAGACUCAUGCUGGGGCUGUCACAAAGGGGCCAUCACCUCUGUGGGCCAUGGGGACACUCAGCAGAAGAGGGUGUCCAGAGCACUGUCCAGACUGGGGAGGUGGUGUGUAACUUAUGGGAUGGAGGGAAAAAAUCAAUUGGGGUCUACUGUAAUUACUGUGAUUAGGUGAGAAACCAAAGGCAGGAAAAGGGACAGGUUGUGGUUUUUUUUAGGGAGGAACAAGCAUAGGAAGAGUGACAAAUAGGAAAUCCAGGCUGAUUGUUACCACACUUGUCUGGUUGUACCUGUGUCUGAUCAGCGUAGCCUGUCCUAUCUAAUUAAACUCCAUGUCUGACCAUUUUUCUGGGUAAAGGACUCCGUUCUGCAUACUUGUGCGUGUAUAAGUGCUAGAAACUGGGCUCUGACCAACAGGAGAGCACGUGGCACCCAAAACUGGAGCAAGAGAGGCCUGCAGACAGGAUGAGUGCUAUUGCUACAACUGCUGGUAAAAGAAGCUGUGUGUUACCUGAAGGAAGAGAAGGCCUGUGCUCCUGGAACUCAGGAACGUGAUUCUACACCAGAUGUUUCUGCCGCCGCCGCUCCUCUUCGUCGCUCGCGUUCGUCUCCGCUCCGGGCCCUCGGGCGAUUUCUCUCUACCUUAAAGUCGGGCGUCUUUUAUGAAUCAAAAGCAGCAGAAGCCGACGCUAUCGGGGCAGCGCUUCAAGACCAGGAAGAGAG